GUUUUCAUAAACUACAAAGAGUGUUGUCAGUUUCAUUCUUUAGAGGAAGCUCUGACAACAACAGCAGUGUUUUGACGUAGCUAUAGCUGUGUAGAGAAACAAACAAAUUCUCUCAGAGUACCAUUAUUUUUACUAUAAUCAGAUUAAGUAUGCGUCAUUCCAGAAAGAUUUCUUCACCAGAUUGCAGAAAAGUGCGUUUCUGGGAGACUUAAGUUUUAAAAGUUUCUGGGGGGAGCAUGCCCCCAGACCCCCCCUAGAGGUUCAGGCCUUCGGCCCUCAAUUAUACAGUGUACCGACCUACUCACAAGGCAGUGCCCUUCUACUUCAAAAGUAAAUGAAAACCCUGACUAAACCCUUUCCCUUUCAAGAUCCAAUUGGUAAUUCUCCUUACUGUCUGCUGUACAAUUUUUUUGAGGAUGGUUUGGAGAAUCUUUAUUCUCAUCACUUUUCUGCUUGAUAUUGUAUUGAUAUUGUAAGGAAAAAUUCUUUUUUUGGUCACCCAUGGGAGUUAAAGGGUUAGCAGACAUGCAUUUGUUUUCUUGACAAGGCAGAUCAAAGAAGAAGUAGAGUGCCAACUGCAGUGGUUUAUUGACAAUAUAGGAUCAUUACCAACGCAUAUCGAUGGACAUCAACAUGUUCAUGUAUUGCCUCAAGUGUGCAAAGUUAUGUGUGAGGUGAUAAAAGAGUUUGGAAUUUGUUGGACAAGAGUACCAGUGGAAAUAAACCUUGAGGAUUGUGUAUGGAUCAAAGAACCUGUGAACAAUUUCAACAAAUCUGUUAUGGCAGAUGCAGAAAAUUCCAAGUCAAUUUUAUCUAACUAUGGAAUAAGGUUUUCAAGUCAUUUUAUUGGAUUCAGCACCAUGGGGAAAGAUAUGACAGUCUCCAGGCUCAAACAGGCCAUAGAAAAUGUCUUUGCAGAGGACUCUGAAACAGUUUGUGAGCUCAUGGUACAU